AUGAAAGAACUGAAGGAAUUUGGACCAUGGUCAGAACAGCUCAGUUCCACUGGUAGGAAAUAUUUUUACAACAAGGAAACAGAGGUAUCACAAUGGGAAAAGCCAAAGGAAUGGAGAGAGUUCGAGUUAGAACAGGAACGGUUGAAUAAUGAUAUGAAAAUGCCGGUUAUGCAACCUCCUCCACCUCCACCUAUGUUCAUGCCACCAUUCUUUCAUCCUCCUCCUGGGUUUCCUGCUUUUGCAACUCCCCCACCUUUCCACCCUCCCCCUUUCGCUGGAACACCUGGUCAAUAUCCAGCUAUGCCAAUUAUGCCAUCGGUAGUUCCUCCGCCGCCUAGAGUUACGAACACGCAAGUUGCUGCUCCACCCUCAGUGCCCUCAUAUAAUGCUUUACAAACAAAUAAGACAUAUAAGCCGUCAGUUAACAUUACGCAUACUGUGGAUCUUCGAUUAGAUAUUAAAAAAUCCCCAGCAACUCCAGGUACUCCAACAGCAACUGGUCCACCAAGCGCAAUACCUUCUCCUUUCACUCACAACACCCCUCAAACUUUGAUCGAAGAUAUAAAAGAAGAAAUUGAAGAGACUCCCAAAGCAUUGAAACGCGAACAUGAAAGUUCCCCAGAUGAAAAAGUGCCACCAAAGAAGAUGAAAGAAGAGGUGCACGAGCCAUGGAUGAGGUUUUAUUGUGCUGAAGCGGCUCAAGCGAAGAGAGCGCAACUUAGAUUGGAUGCCGACUCCGAAAUUGCCUCUGUUGUUGCUGAGCGGAUAGCGUUGGAAAAUAAGUUGAUAUUGGAACUAACUAAAGUUAAACAAGCCGCAGCGAUGGUAGCAGUUCAAGAACAUGAAGUUCUAAUGUGUAAUAGCAAAAUAACCAAUCUCCAAGAACAGCAGACCUUAAUAGAAUUAAGGGCACAGAAGGCUUCUCCAGUAUCUUUACCUGACUUGAAAGAUUUGAAAAUGCAGUUCUCUCAAUGA